AGAACCCAAAAGAAUGACUUUAUAUUAAACAAAAAAAUUACGGCGUCGUACUCUUUCUUCUGCUAUAAUCCGAAUAGCGUUAAACCCUCACCUAAACCCCAAAUCUAUUACAGAAAGAAAAAAAAGAUGUCAUUUUUACUAUUGAAAACAUUAGGAAAAAGAUCAACACAGUUCUCUCGAACCCCCAGACGCAAACUCUUCUUAUUUUCUUGCCCUUUUUCUUCUCUUUCUUCUCAAUCUCCUAAUAAUUGCAAUUCCAAUAAUGGCUUACCAAUUUUUCAUUCUUGGUAUAAUUCAUCAAGUAGAAGAAAUAAAGGGUUCUCUUCAAUUUUCAAUGUAAGUGCAAAAAUCCCAUCAGUGUCUAUAUUGGGUGUUCGGUUUUUGAGCUCGGAGGCUGCUGUUGUUGAGCCAACUACUAGUGAUGGGCUUACUGUUGAAGGAAUUAUAGCUAAAAAUUGGAAUAUAAUUGAUGAGAAUGAGAAUGAUUGGAAAAGUCAUGCUUCUUCCAUUGCUCAGUCCAUUCAUCUUAUCAAGAAACGACUCAAGUGGAAAAGGCUAAUAGACAGGCUUGAAGUGCUGUCAACUCAGCUUAAUAAGGCAGAUCUUUGGGAUGACCCUGUCCACGCCGGGAAGAUCAGCCGUGAACAUGGUUCUUUAAUGAAUAAAAUGGAAGAUGUUAUGGCAAUUGAACAAGAGUUAGUUGAACAUAUUGACAUGAUUAAGCUUUCCCGGGAAGAGAAUGAUCCAGAGUUGGAAUCGGAAUCAGUGAAAGCUCUACUCAGGAUUAGAAGGAACGUGAAAGAAAAAGAGCUUGAAGCUUUAUUAUCUGGGGAGCAUGAUUACUGUUCUUGCUUUAUAGAGGUGCAAGCUGGAGCUGGUGGUACUGAAAGCAUGGAUUGGGCUUCAAUGGUCAUGCAGAUGUACAAAUCGUGGGCUGAACGCAAAGGAUAUGGUGUUUCUGUUGUGGAUGAAAUGCCUGGUGAGAUUGCAGGAAUCAAGCGUGCAACAAUCAAAGUUGAUGGUGAAAAUGCUUUUGGAUAUUCCAAAUCAGAGGUAGGAGUGCAUCGUCUAGUACGCAUAUCACCAUUUGACAGCGCAAAGAGAAGGCAUACUUCCUUUGCUGCAGUUGCUGUAACUCCAAUUUUGGGAGAUGGAUCUACCCGUGUUCAAAUCAAUGAAUCUGAUCUUCGUAUUGAGCGUUUUCGAUCAGGGGGAGCUGGUGGUCAGUCUGUUAACACAACUGAGAGUGCUGUUAGGAUAACUCAUAUUCCCACGGGCAUUACUGCCUCUUGUCAGAAUGAAAGGUCACAACAUUCAAACAAGGCGUCUGCCAUGGCUGUGCUCCAAUCGCGCUUGGACCAACUUGAGAUGGCAAAGCAGGCUCAGAUGAAUGCACAACAUACGCAGUCUCUGACUGAGAUCAGUUGGGGCAACCAAAUACGUACUUACGUGCUCCAUCCUUAUCGCAUGGUGAAAGAUCUUCGGACAAAUUACGAGGUUUCAGAUCCUGAUUCUGUGCUUGAAGGGGAUCUUGAUGACUUCAUUUUGAGCUUUCUUUCAACAUCAUUAGACAAGGAUGAAGAAUGACCUGUAACCUUAAUUUUUGGGUUCCCCGUGGCCAGUUGAUAGUGAAAUAGGAUAACAUUUAACAUAACUCCAAUAUCAGUUCUCAGCUUCACUUUGUGGCACCGAGAGGCUGCUUUACUGGUGCCUCAUAUUGCAAGAGAAAAAGCUCAAAGAAGUAUUUUUUUGGCCAUAAGACAUCAUUCCUGCUAGUUCAUGGGAAUUACAUAUACUGGCUACUAUUCGUGUGCUGAAGUUCCACCAUCUGGAUCACAUUCUUUUGUACGAAGUUGACGUAAUAAUAUUUCCUUUGGGACUGCUUUAAUUUAUCCAAGGUAUGUAAUAACAGUGAAACUACUUUUAUCAUUUAAAAGAAAAGAACUGUCAAACUGAGGUAGUGUACUUGUUUGUAACUGUGCGAUCAAUUGAUUUUGUUUGUAAAUUCUACACAAGCAACAUUAUGCCACUGAAAUGUUAAGUUCAGCAGGAUACCACUGUUUUCA